AUGGUCAUGGCACAGAGGGUUGUCAGCGGUCUUGCAAUUCUCGCUUCCGCCCAAUCUGUCACCGCUCACACUUGGGUAGAGAUGGUCCGGCGCAUAUCCUCCAGUGGAUCUUUCGUUGGAGAUAUCGGAUAUGUCAUGGGUCACAUGAACCGUAGUGAUACAGGUUUCUCGGACACCGCUGUUCAGAUCAAGAUUGACGAUGUCACAAGUAACCCCAAGGUCUGCGGCACCAUUGGCGCUGCCGGCUACACCAACAAGGCCUACCCGCCCAUUACAGCUUCACCUGGAGAGUUUCUCGCACUCCAGUACGCAGAGAAUGGUCAUGUUAGUUUUCCCGACCAAACACCCAGAGGCUUCAAGGGUGGCAACAUCAUGAUCUACGCUACUUCUGAGGACAUCACGAACAUCGGAGUCAAUGAUGUUCUAUAUCAAUGGAACACCGAGGGCACUGGUGGUGACCAGAAGGGCAAGCUCAUAGGCAGCCACUUCUUCGACGACGGACAGUGCUACGAGAACCCUAACGCCUCGCCUAUCCGUGCAGAGCGUGCUGCUAAGUACAAGGCCGAGUCAUUGCUCUGCCAGAGCACUGUUCAGCUUCCUUCCGACCUGGCAACAUCAGGCAGUGUCAACCUUCUCUGGGUCUGGGAUUGGCCGCAGAACCCCAACGAAUCCGGCAAGAACACCACUGAGAUUUACACCAGCUGUAUGACCGUCAACCUUCAGGACGACUCGGAUGACGCAGCCACGAGCGUGAAGGCUUUCUCGUUUGCGAAGAACCUUGAUAUCACCGAUGCUGCGAUCCCUGCCCAGGUUAAGACCCUCAUCGAGGUUGAGCAGCGAGGCACUGGUACCGCUUCUCCGGCUGCUGCCACUGAUGUGGCCGAUGCGACUACCACCAGAAGCGCUUCUGCCACCACCAGCAAAGCAACUCUGAGCUCCUCAAAGUCGAAGCACCCAAACAACGGGGUGAAGACUGUCACCGUGACGGAAGCUGCUGAGACCGUUACAGAGUACCAGACUGUCACGGUGGGCGCUGGAGCUGGCAGCGGUAGUAGCCGAAGGACCUCUUCCUCUGCUGCAUCGGCUACUGCAACCAGUCUCAAAACGUCAGUCAGAGCAAGCCGUAGCUCCAGCAGCCCUGUAGCCACUGGUGCCGCCUCCAUCACGGGUGUCGAACCGUUCUUAAGAGCUCGUAUUACUGGUCAGCUCCCCGUCUUUCAUAGAGGCCGGGCGCUCUCGGGUGAGCAUAAGGCAUUCCACGGCGUACAUAUGGCGGAAAUGGUUCAUGAUUCAUGGUUACGGGGGGAGAGAGAAGGAAAGAAAACCGCAAACAACGGAACAAGGGAUUUGCAUGAGAUAAAGACGUUCUGA